AGUGUUCCUCCUCUCCCCCACCCCUCCGCCGAGACCUCCAAAACGUAACCCCCCGCGCUCUCCUCAUCUCGCAUCACUCUCGUCCGAGUGCAGCGACGCUCUCUCGCUCUACCUGCCGCCCCCCUCCCCCUUGCCGGUGGACUCCCCGCGCCUCAUCCCGGCGACCUCCCGUUGAGUUCCACAGCUCGGAAGCUGCGCUUUUUUUUCUUGACCGCCUGACGCUCUAAUUGGGACCCGGCUCAAGAUGCCAGAGCCCCCGAAGAAAGAUGAGACGGCAAACGGACAGCCGGAAGAAAGUGUCGCACCAGACAGUAACGGUGCCCCGCCCCCCCCUGUGAUUGCCCUGGAAAUCUCUCCGCCCCCAGAGGAAGCCAAUUCACUCAAGAAACUGUCAAUUGAGCUGCCUAAUGAUAGCGUCCCUGUUACCUCCAUGGGGAGAAAAGACUCAGUGUGGUCUUUGGGUGAAUCCCAACCCCCAGAGGAACUGGAGAAGCCCAUCGAGAACCCACCGGCAGAAAAGCCAGCUGAGAACCCACCGACGUCCACCCUGCUCUCAGAAAGACCCGUGAGCGGCACGGUGUCAGUCGGUGGGGACAUCACCUUUGUCGCCAAAGUGGAAGCGAAAGACCUUCUCCGUAAACCCACCAUCAAGUGGUUUAAGGGAAAGUGGAUGGACUUGGCCAGCAAGACAGGAAAGCACCUGCAGCUCAAAGAGAUCUUUGAUCGCAACACCAAGGUCUACACAUUUGAGAUGCAUAUCAUCAAGGCCAAGGAGAAUUACGCGGGCAAUUACAGGUGCGAGGUCAGCCUCAAGGACAAGUUUGACAGCUGCUCCUUUGACCUGGAAGUGAAAGCUGGGGGAUCGCAAAGUUUCGAUAUUCGAUCCGCUUUCAAGAGGAGCACUGAUGGCCAAGAAGAUGCAGGGGAGCUUGACUUUAGCGCUCUCCUUAAACAUAGACAACAGAGGGAUCACAAACAGCAGGACGACGCUCCCGAGGUGGACGUGUGGGAGAUCCUGAAGAACGCCCGUCCGGAUCAAUAUGAGAAGAUCGCCUUCAUGUAUGGUAUUACGGAUCUGAGAGGCCUGUUGCGUAGAAUGAAGAAGAUUCCCAAAGUGGAGAAAAAGAGCGAAGCCUUUGCCAAAAAACUGGACCCUGCGUAUCAGGUAGAUAAAGGUGGCAAGAUCCGCCUUGCUGUUGAUCUGACUGACCCCACGGUCGACCUGAAGUGGUACAAAAACGGAGUGGAGAUCCGUCCCAGUCCCAAUCAAAGGAAGUACAUUUUUGAGCAUAAGGGCACAGAAAGGAUCCUGGUCAUCAACAACUGUGCUCUGAAUGACGACGCAGCAUAUUCUGUGGCAGCAGGAGAAGAGAAGUGCUCCACAGAGCUGUUUGUCAAAGAACUGCCGGUCAAGAUUACAAAAGGUCUCGAGGCCGUGACGACCACAGUGAAUGAGAGGAUUGAGCUGAUGUGUGAGGUGACAGAGGACGGCGCCCCAGUCAAAUGGAUGAAGAAUGGUGUGGAGAUUCCAACAGGGGUUCGCUCCAGAUAUAGAGUCAAGUGCGAGGGAAACAAACACUACCUGGUGAUCGACGACGCAUCCCUGGAAGAUACCGGGACGUACUCCAUCAUGGCUUCCGGUGGCUCAUCGGAGGCUCAUGUACAGGUUGACUUGAAACCACUGAAGAUCCAUCAAGACCUGACGGAUACAAAAGUUUUGCUGGGCAAGCCUCUCAAACUGCAAUGCGAGAUCUCUCCAGGAAACGUCCCAGGCCGAUGGUACCGCAACGGACAGCUGAUCCAGGAAACCGACCGCAUCAAGAUUUCACACAAAAAUAGGGUUCACGAACUUUCAAUUGAAGUUAGCUCACUUCACGAUUCUGGAGAUUACACUUUUGUACCUGAGGGGUACUCACACAGUCUAUCUGCGAAGGUUAAUGUCAUUGACCCUCCAAAGGUGCACCUGGAGGGGUUGAACUUCGUAGACAACACUGUGACAGUUGUAGCUGGAAACAAGAUGCGCUUGGAGAUCCCCAUCAGUGGAGAGCCAGCCCCCAAGGUGGUGUGGAUGAAAGGUGAUAGGGUUAUCGUCGAGGCGGGCAACCGAGUCCGAGCGGAAACGUACGUUGACCAGACGAGCCUGACAAUUGAUAUCACGGAGCGCGACGAUUCGGGCAACUAUAAAUUAGUCCUUCAAAAUGAGGCCGGAGAAGCCUCAGCUAGCAUCAAGUUGAAGGUUGUAGACAUCCCUGAUUCUCCAGAGGCGCCUUUGGUCCCUGUGGUUGGAGGCGAUUGGUGCUCCAUGACAUGGGAGCCACCCAAAUAUGAUGGGGGUUCACCAAUUUUAGGCUACUACAUUGAGAGAAAAAAGAAGCAGAGCUCAAGAUGGAUGAGAAUUAACUUUGACCUCAUCAAAGAGACAACGUACGAGCCCAAGAAAAUGAUUGAAGGCGUCCCAUAUGAAGUGCGGAUAUUUGCCGUCAAUGCCAUUGGGGUGUCCAAGCCCAGUGAACCAUCCAAAGCUUUUACCCCGCUUGCGGUGACCAGUGAGCCCACCAUGCUGGUGGUGGAUGACGUGACUGACACAACAGUGACCGUCAAGUGGCGUCCUCCAGAAACCAUCGGAGCUGCUGGUCUCGACGGGUACUUGGUGGAGUACUGCCUUGAAGGAUCUGAAGACUGGGUACCAGCCAACACUGAACUGAUAGAUAAGACAAGAUACACCAUCACAGGCCUGAAGCCCGAUUCGAAGGUCUUCAUUCGAGUCAAGGCCGUCAAUGCUGCGGGAGCUAGUGCUCCACGAACCACUCAGCAUGCCAUUCUUGUCAAGGAAGUUAUCGAACCACCCAAGAUCCGUGUCCCCCGACACCUGAAACAGACUUACACUCGACGAGUUGGCGAAACGCUCAACCUUGUGGUGCCAUUCAUGGGCAAACCGAGGCCGAAAGUGACUUGGUUGAAGGACGGUCAACCCAUUGAUCCUGCCGCCGUGAGCAUUCGGAACACCGACUGCGACAGCAUGAUCUUCAUUCGUAAAGCAGAACGCAGUCACUCUGGGAAGUAUCAAAUGAAGGUGCAGGUAGAAAGCCACGAGGACACAGCUGACAUGGACAUCCAGAUCAUAGACCUCCCUGGUCCUCCUCAGAUGGUGAAUAUCGACGAUGUCUGGGGAGAAAAUGUAUCUCUGUCCUGGACUGCCCCUCGAGAUAAUGGCAAUGCGGCAAUAACAGGCUACACCAUUCAAAAGGCAGACAAGAAGACAAUGGAAUGGUACACGUGCCUUGAGCACUACCACCGCAUGACCAUCGCUAUCACCGAACUCGUGGUCGGUAACGAGUACUACUUCAGGGUCUUCUCUGAGAACAUGUGCGGACUUAGCGAGUCGGCCACCCAAACCAGGAAAAGCGCCCUCAUCCUCAAAGAAGACAUGAAGUUGAAAAUCUUUGAAUUCAACGACCACGACUUCAACGAGGCUCCCAAAUUCACGCAGCCGCUCAUCAACACGUUUGGCAUUGCCGGCUACAACACCACUCUUAACUGCAGCGUGCGUGCCCACCCCAAGCCCAAAGUGAUCUGGAUGAAGAACAAGAUGAUCAUUGGCGAGGACCCUCGCUACCGCAUGUUUAGCAACCAGGGCGUGUGCACGCUGGAGAUAAGGAAACCCAGCCCUUACGACGGCGGCAUGUACACCUGUAGGGCCAGCAACGACUUGGGGGAAGCCCAGGUGGAGUGUAAACUGGAGGUCAAGGGAGGGUUCACCUUCUAUGAACUCAUGCAACGCGGCGUGCCCCUGCACCUGAUUGACAAGUACAUGACGGAGACGAAGGUUGUCGAAGAAGACAAGUAGAGACUUGUCGAGCUUUAGCUGCAAAACGUGCUGCCACGAGUGACACCCCUCUUCUCUCACCUACACCUUAACCACUACGGGAGGCCAGCAGCCUGGAUGCGGGGAUGGAUGGAGGAGUGGACGGGGGGGGAGGAGGACGCACUGGUCUUUGUGUGGCAUGCUGUGUCACCCUCUGUUUUUUAUUUGUACGUCUCAAUCAGCUCGGAUGCAUGUCAGCAGCUCUUAUUGUUUUGCUUACGUGUGGAAAACAUUACGAAUACAAAACUACAAUGUUCUUUAUUUUGGUGAGGGUGGGGGUACUCUGAGGGGCGGGGCAUGUAUAAACAAAUGCUUGUUUUGUCUUUGUAUGGAGUCUGAAGAAAACUGUUGGCUAAACGAAUGUGUCGAUGACUCAAGAAGAGGGCAAAGCGGAUGGGAGAAAAAAAAAGUGGUUGAUUCUGCAUGAAAUCUUGUCAUUUUUCGGAUUAUUAUUAUUGGUGACUGGGGAAAAAAAUUGAAGCUCGGUAAACAUGCGCAUGCCUUUGUAAUUAUGACUCAUGGAUUACAAUAAAUGGCAAUUUUAACUAUGGCAUUGUUUCUG